AUGUUUAUGUCCACCAGCACCACCAAUGGCUCCAUCCUCCAGGUAACUGAGUUCAUCCAAAUGGGUUUCCCAGGCAUUCACAGCUGGCAGCACUGGCUCUCCCUGCCCCUGGCCCUGCUCUACCUCUCAGCCCUCUUGGCCAAUGCAAUGAGCUUCCUCACCAUCUGGCAAGAAACGGCUCUGUGCCAGCCAAUGUUCUAUUUCCUGGCUGUCCUGGCCCUAAUGGACAUGGAUCUGAGCACCACCAUCAUGCCCAGGAUCCUGGCCAUGCUUUGGUUAAAUGCCCCCACCAUCAGCCUCUCAGAAUGCUUCUUUCAGAUUAAUGCUAUUCACGUCUUCGUGGGGCUGGAAUCCAGCAUCUUCCUUUGCAUGGCGACGGUAGUGGCCAUGGCCUUUGACCGUUAUGUGGCCAUCUGCCAACCGCUGCGCUACACCACCAUUUUGACUAACAAGGUGGUGGUACUGAUGGGGUUGGUGUCGUCUUUCCGGGCAGCCAUCAUGGUGUUCCCAUGUAUUGUCCUUAUCAAGCGUCUGACCUUCUGCAACAAGAACAUUAUUCACCACACAUACUGUGAGAACAUGGCUGUGGUGAAGCUGGCCUGCUCCAAUGCAGUCAUCAACCAGAUCUAUGGCAUCUGUGUGGCUUUUUCGGUAGUGAUGCUUGACGUGGGGCUCAUCACCGUGUCCUAUGUUAAGAUCCUCCAGGCCGUGUUCCGACUCUCCUCCAACAAAGCCCGGACCAAGGCAUUGGGAACUUGUGCCGCCCAUGUCUGUGCCAUCCUAAUAUCUUAUGUGCCUGCCCUCUUCAGCUUCCUGACCCACCGCAUUGGCAAGAAGGUGUCCCCAUCCAUCCACAUCAUCUUUGCCAGCAUCUACCUCCUGGUGCCCCCUGCUGUGAACCCUCUGGUCUACGGGGCCAAGACAAAGCUGAUUCGGGACCGGGUGAUUUUCAUCUUUUUUUCUAACAAGCAGACAGUCUCCAAAAAGUAG